AUGCUGCCGUCGGGACUCUCGUGGGCGGCCUUCGCCUCGCUCGUGCUCGGCGUGAGCUGUGCCAACGACUUCGUGACCAACAACGCGGGCUCGAGGUCGUUCCCCUCACAGUUUGGUGCCGGCAGGAGGACCACGAUAUACUGGACCAACCAACAGGGCUUUAUAGCUGGGAUAUAUGUGCACGGUAGUGGUCAGAGUGACAACUCUGCUGAUGCCAACUGGGUAUUAGCUCCAAACUGCCCAGAAGACUCGGACAGUACCUGUGAAGCCCAUGACAACACGGGCUCCACCCAGUUCUACGUCAACGAGACAGCCUUGCCCCUCGGGUCCGGGUACCGGCUGCGUCUCCUGUGGACCACCUCCAAGAGAUACGAAGACAUCGACGACGACACGGAGGAGGUAGAGUCCAGCGAGUUCAGCGUCGUGCCAGCCGAGGACAUCCCAGAGCCGGACCACCCGUCCCACGGGCUGGGCCCCGCCGAGCAGGCGGGCAUCUCGAUCGCAGUGAUCGUCGUGGUGAUUUUCCUGGUUCUGGUAGUAUGGUUCAGGUGGAGGAGGGCGAAGAAGAGAAGAGAGAGGAGGGAGAGGCACAUGAGGGAUGCGCAGGACAAGGAAAAGGGCGGCUGGUACGAGAGGUGGACAGCCGGGAAGCCCAAGGACGUAGAAGAGAGCUGGACCGCCUCCAAUCUGCCGACUAAGCCCACCCCCGCGGUGGCCACCGCCGGCGCCACCGCCGGCGCCGGGAUCCGCAAGGCCAGCAAGACCGGCAGCGACGGGCAGCCAUACCUCGACGACAAGGCCGAGAUGCCCACCGACGGCGGGAACCGGCACGAGAUCGACUCGUUCGGGACCAGCGCGGCACGGAACAAGACCGAGCUGGACGGCACGAGCGCGCCGCGCGGCGGUCCGGCCGCCGUCGAGCUACCCGCGGAGCCGGUGAGCGGGCAGACCUCAUCGUCGUCGUCGUCGCAGUCCCGGUCGCAGUCGCGGACGGCGAGCACGGCGACGUCGGGGACGACGUUCGAGUACAACCCCAGCCCGUCGUACGCGCUGCAGUCGCCGGCCUCGCCGCACUCGGAAGCCGGCCAGGUGUCACCGGUCUCGGAGGGCGUCGGGACCUAUAACUCUCUGGCUGGUUCGGUGUCACCGGUGACUCCUAUCACGAGGAAGCCCGUGGGUGGAACGGUGAAUUCCAUCCCGGAGCAGCAGCAGCAGCAGCAGCUACACGGCGAUGCUGGGAGACAGGACAUGUUGACGGUGGAUACGGCUGAUGGGGCCCCGAAGAGGGGAAAGACUGCGAUGCUGAGGAAAGAAAAGUCUCGGAUCUGGAAAAUGCUCGGUGGAGGGUCGACGAAGGGGAAGCUGAACCCAUCGGGGAGUGCCAACGUUUGA